AUGGGUGGUUGGCACCAUUUUGCAAGGCUUACAAAAUUCGUGAGCAUCAACGGCAUGGGGAAGCAGGAUCAGUGGACCUUGAUGCUGUUGGAGCAGAGCGGACUGCAAUGCCAAGAGAUCUUGUCAAAAUUUCAGCCUCGGGAUCAGUGGAACUUUGAUGAAACAAGUUUGUUUCCUUUCGCACCACCAGACUGUGGUCUUGCAACAAAGCAAAUGAGCGGAAAGAAGAAAGAAAGAUUUCGCAUCACCAUAGGUCUUGCUUGCAAUGCUGAUGGCACUGGUGAACAAAACAUUUACAAAGUUGAUCUUCUUGAAGGGAUGAACAUGGCUCGUUCUGCAUGGAGAGGUGUCUCGUCAACAACAAUAAAGCAUUGUUGGGAUCACACCCAAAUUCAAUUGGACAACCUAUCUACCAGUCAGCCGCCACCGAGUUCCUUGCCUCACAUGAACCCAGCCACUUGGGAUAUCCUGCGAGACUUCGCAGUGUCUGAAAUGACAUUUCCAGAAGCUGAGGCACGCAUAAACGAAGUCCUUGGCAGCUCUUAUACUGAUACAGAUUGGCAGGCCUGCAUUCAAGGCAGUAAUGGAUGCCGAAGGGGAUUCAGAUGCGGCCAAAAGGCCUAUCGAAACAUCUUGCACAAGUUGCUUCUCGCCAGGACUGGCCUAAAAUUCAUAUUCCUGCACUGCCAGCUUCCUCCCACUCAGCUUACAGCCCUCAAAAGCGAACUAAAAUCUUCUCUUCAAGAAUUGAAGGCUCGGAAUCGCAUUUUUGGUGAACCACUAUCCUUAGACGAGCUGCUCGAGCCGGCUGAGGAAAAACAAAUCGGGGAUUCCCUUGGGUUCAACUUGAAUGGUGGGGACAUGGCCAUUGUUGUUGCAGUCAGUCGAGAGAUUGCUAAGAAACAGGGUGAGGUGAUUGAAGCUGAUUCUGAUGAUGACUCAGAAGAAGAUCAUGAUGUGGCCCCAGAGGUUUCCCGUGUAGAAGCACUAGCACUAUGUCAGCGGCUCGAAGGAGCAUGCCUUCAGCAUGGACAUUCUCAGGACUCAACACACACACUUGAUUUGUUAUAG